UGACGAUGCAAUUAAAAUAACCGCUUCUAACAGACCCAUCUGAAUCACAACGUUCCUUUCUCUCUCUCUCUCUCUCUCUCUGCAUUUCAAAAACUCCAGCGAGCCUCUGCGACGAUCUUCAUGGCCUCUGCUUCCAGGCCCCGCCUCGGAGCGGGAGGGAAAAUGGUCCGACCCAGGCGUCGUGCGGGUCCAAUUACUCCGUACGACCGUCCUCGAUUGUUGCCCAACUCUGGAGAACCAAACCCUAGUUGGAUCUCCAAAAUCAUUUUGUCUCCUACUCGCCUCAUUGCUACCGGCGCUGGCAAGGUCCUUUCCUCUGUAUUUGGCCCUCAGUCCUCCUCCUCCUCCUCCUCGUCUUCUUCCUCUUCCUCUGGCACUUCGGAGGAUGAUAUGGAUGAUGCCAAUCAUGAUGAUGAUCUCUCUUCACUUGGCGUUGACAGAAUGAAUGAGAAGAAUGGGAAAUCCCACAUGAUUGAGUCCAUCCAGGGCAAGCCUCAACCAGUAGCGUGGAAGAGUGAAACCAAGCGCUUAAUUGAGCGGCUUGUUAUGCAGGAAACUUUUUCAAGGGAAGAAUGUGAUAGGAUGUCACACAUUAUCAAAUCUAGAGUUAUAGAUUCUCCUGGCAUGGCAAACACACAGGAAGGGAUACAAAAAGUAACAGUUGACAGUGCUAUAAUUGAGGCGCAAAAAUGGCUAGAGGAGAAGAAAUUGGGAUCAACUUCACUGCCAACAUUGGAUCCGGGAACCACUGCUUUGAAGCCUGCUUUGCUGUCACAAGUUAUUGGCGGUGAGGUGGGUUCACCUGUGGAUAUGGCGAAAUCCUACAUGCAAUCACGUCCUGCAUGGGCUUCUCAAUCUUCUAACCAUAAUAAAUCUCCUUUGCCAUCAGCAGUGCAGCUCUUUAAGGAAGAAACACCAUAUUCAGUGGUUGGAAACUCUGUCUCCUUAUCCAAGCUGCAAAGGGAUUUCCCAGCCACUGGUUCGUGGAAUAUUCUGGAAGAAAUUCGAAGAGUCAGAUCUAAGGCAACAGAAAUGAGAACUCCCCCUUCAUCCAAAAAUGAUUGGUCCGAAUUUACGUCUGAUUAUAAAACUACCCCUACAGCUUUGUUUGCUGACAAUCUAGAAGGUGGUAUGAAAGACAAAAGGCACGAUUCUUCAAAAUCAGCAGAUGCAUUGAGCUUGGAUGCCGGAGUGAAUAUUCCUGAGGGCUUCCUUGGUGCAAUUUUACAAAAAAGGGAUGAUGGAUCACAUGACAAAGCAAUGCCACCAGAUCAUACUUUCAUAUAUGAGAAUAAUCAGGACUUGGGGCCUGCAUGUCUCCUCAUGGGAACAGAAGGUAUGCAGGAUAGCUUAGAAGAACCCCCAAUGAAUACUGGACAAAGUUUUCAUCGUGCAGAAGAUAUCAAAGUUGUAUCACACAGUGAUACUGGUGGUGGUGUUGUUGAUGGUCUCAAGGACGCUAAUGUGACAAGCCAACUCGUGGGUCCUCUAGUGGGGGAAGCUAUUCAAGAUUCAAGGUUACAUGAAGGGAGUGGUUCACUCUUGAAAGAAGCUACUGGAGCAACCGACGCUUUUGCUUCAAACGGUUUUCCUUCCUUCAGAUCCAGUCUGUCUGCGGGAAUAGAUGAAGAACAAAAUCCUGAACCAUAUAAUGAGGAGCAGAUUUCAGUUGAUGCUGGCUGUGACAAAGAAAUUGAAGGUGCUUCAGUUGAAGUAGUAGCCCUGAAUGAGAAUGAGAGUGUUGCUCCUGACUCUCAAAAUAGCUCUAGCUUGCACCAUGAUGAUUCAUUAGAGGACCUUGAACAGCCAAAUCCAAAACCCAGCUUGGUGGGUGUUUCACAACGGGGAAGGAAAUUGAGCAGAUACAAUCGGAGAGGCAGGGGACGAGGUAAAUGAUGCUAAGGUUGUGAUUUUGUACCCUACUGUAGAAUUGACUGUAAACUAGGCUAGAAGAAGGAUAAAACUACAAUAGGGCAUGUUGUGUUUUCUAGUGAAAUUGCUAGGUAGGAGUUGAAUGGAUUAUGUUUGUCACGCGACUCUUCUUUGUAGAAACCUUUGAAGAAGUUACAUGUAUCUUUUGUCUCAUUCUAGGAAUCUACGUAACCAGUCAAUUACAUGAGGUUAUAAGUUAAUCAGUCAUAUUUACUACUAAUGCUUUCUGCUC